AUGCCGACGACGCCGACGACGACCCCGCGCCCGGCUCUCGACCCCCGCAAGACGGCCCGGUCUCCGAAAUGGACCGUCCUGCCCGCCCUCUCCGCCUCCGCCCGCGACGCCCUGCCGUACCCGCCCGGCGCCCUCCCCGGCGGCCGGGACGUUGCCACCGCCUACGGGAACCUGCGUGUCUACGAGUUCGGGCCCGAGGACGCGUCUGAGAGGGUCCUGCUGCUGCACGGCAUCGGCACGCCGUGCCUCGCGCUGGGCGGCGUCGCGGCCGAGUUUGUGGCGAAGGGUUGGCGGGUCAUGACGUUUGACUUCUUUGGCCGCGGCUACUCGGACGCGCCGCUCGACAUCCCCCACGACGCCCGCCUGUACACCACCCAGAUCCUUCUCGCCCUCGCCUCCUCCCCUCUCCCGGGCUGGACCGGCAACGAUGCCUUUCACCUGCUGGGCUACUCCCUCGGCGGCGCCGUCGCCGCCGCCUUUGCCUCUUCGCACCCGCACCUCGUUCGCUCCCUCACCCUCGUCGCCCCCGGCGGCCUCAUCCGGUCCGCCGCCCACGUCGGCUGGAGGAGCCGCCUGCUGUACAACUCGGAGUGGAUCCCCGAGGGCGUGCGGCGGUGGUUCGUCGCGCGGAGGAUCGCGCCGGCCGACCCCAAGAGCGGGGGGGACGCCCCCGAGAAGGAGACCGUCGACGACGACGAGGGCGGGACGCCGGAGUGGGACGAGCUGAGGCUCGUGGGCGGGAGCCGGAUCGGCGAGGUCGUGAGGUGGCAGAUGGAGACCCACCCGGGCUACGUGAGGAGCUACAUGAGCACGAUCCGACACGCGCCCGUCUACGACCGCGGGUGCGAGGAGUGGAGGGUUCUCGGAGAGGCUCUCUCGGCGAGGAGGGCAGGCGCGGCGCCCGGGCUGAGGAAGGGGCGGGUCUUGUUCGUGCUAGGGGAGAGUGACGAUAUCGUGGUCCCAGGGGAGACGGUGUGGGACGCGGAGACCGUGCUCGGGGAGGACGCUGUCGAGGUCGUGGUGCUGAAGGGUGGGCAUGAGGUCGCCAUCACGAAGGGGAGUGAGGUUGUCGGGGCUGUUGUCACUGCAUGGGGGAAUAACGGCUGA